UCAGCACCGCACGCUGCGCUCUGUUUGCGCCAUAAAUAGUUCCUUACUAUAAGUGGACGCGACUUAGAGCGCGAGGCACGAUGAUCGGAUUGUCUUCAUUUCGCUGCAGAAAUAGUUAUACGUGAUGUUUAGCCCGACUUAUACACUUUUACGCACUAAAACUACGAGGGGAUUUAGGGCGAGUGUUUAGGGUUUAGUGUCCGGCUGCCCCCUUUCCCUUUAGGGGGAACGCCGCCGGCAUGUUGCUCCUCUUGUGCGGAUUGUUGUGUGUUUGCGCGCUUGGCGGCGGCCAACUACCGAGCGGCCAGGCGGACGAUGGGAAGCGAUACAUCUGCCGGGCUGUGCCCCUCAGCGGAGAUUCCAGCUGCCCUGUGACUCUGUUACCGGAGCUGAACGCCGGGAGCCAGGAGGAAGAGCUCAGGAAUACCGUCAUGCAGCUCCGAGAGACCAUCUUACAGCAGAAAGAAACCAUUGCCAAGCAGAUAGGCACCAUCAACGAGCUAACCACCAAGCUGUCCCUCUGUGCCUCAACCGACGACAGGAAGUACGACAAAGGGGCUUCCUGGGGCAAAGAAAAGCAAAAUACAAUGGGGGACGUUCCAAGAGAUCCAAAUGACUCCAUCGAUAGUCUUGGAAAAACCAUGCAAGGACUCAAGGACCGGCUGGAGAAUUUGGAGCAACAGCAUCUGCGCGCCAACAUAUCCGGCGCCUCGUUCCCCAGUGAGCUCCGCGACCUGCUGCAGCGGCGGCUCAGGGAGCUGGAGAAGCAGCUCCUGAAGAAAGUCAGCAGCCUGGAGGAGGAGAAGAGCAUGCUCUCCAAUGCCACGGCCGCUUACAGGCUGAAGACGGAGAGCACGCUGAGCGCCCUGGUGGACAGGAUCAGCGAGCUGGAGAAAGGAGGAGGAGACUUCAAGUCCCCGGAGCAGUUCAAGCUGUGCCUCCCCCAGAGGACCAACUACCUGUACGGCCGCAUCACCAAGAGCCUGCCGGAGAUGUACGCGUUCACUCUGUGCAUGUGGAUCAAGUCCAGUGCCAGUCCAGGCAUCGGCACACCUUUCUCUUACGGUGUACCGGGGCAAGCCAAUGAGAUAGUGCUGAUCGAAUGGGGCAAUAACCCCAUAGAGUUGCUCAUCAAUGACAAGGUUGCCCAGUUGCCAUUGGAGGUCCGGGAUGGAAUGUGGCACCACAUCUGCAUCUCUUGGACCACACGGGACGGCCAGUGGGACGCUUACCAGGACGGGAGGAAGCUGGGAACUGGCGACAACCUGGCCGCUUGGCACCCCAUCAAACCCGGGGGGGUCAUCAUCCUUGGGCAGGAACAGGACGUGGUCGGCGGCCGCUUCGAUGCUGGUCAGGCGUUCGUGGGCGAGCUGAGCCAGGUCAACAUCUGGGACCGCGUUCUGAAGCCGGUGGAGGUCCAGUCCAUGGCUAACUGCAGCGCGUACGUCCCCGGAAACGUGAUUUCCUGGCUGGCGAGCAACGUCGAAGUUUUCGGGAGGGGGGCGUUCAAGCGGCCCCUGGAGGUGUGUCAGGAGCGGCUGCCGAAUGCUUAGGACCCACGUGUUGCGCCUCUCCUCAGAUUCACUGCUGUUUCCAUCCAUUCAGCGAUUCUUUUAUCGCCUUCUCUUGCCGAGGGGCAGUUUAUGGACUUUACUUUGAUCUUAAUUUGUUCUGCUCUGCACAGAGACAUCCCAUCAAUAACGGCCAUCUCAUGAGAAGUUGCAAUCAGAGAGUGUUUAAAGGUUUAUUUCUAUACCAUAAAUAGUACUGCGAUCUGUAAACCCACCGCCGCGGUAAAAGGUCACCCCGGGUACCGGUACAAAUACAUCCUCACCCCCUCAGAGCCCCCCCGCCCGACUAUCUCCCGCUCCACUCACAGGCUUUAAAGUAAAGAAAAUCCAAAUUCAGUGGAAAAGUAAAGCUUGUCUCUUUGUGUGUACCAGAGACUAGAAACACAGCUUUGCAUCACACAUACGUGACACCAGUGAUACUAGUGAGUCCAUCACCGUGCUUUUCUUUCCUUUGCCUUUUGUUUGUUCCCAAACUGGUUUAAAUGGUGAAUCCUGUUUGAAACGUGUUCAUAGCUUCAAUGUGGUGAUGUAUCUUCAGUUCUUGAUUUGGAACAUUGUUGCUGUGGAUUGUCGAAUAAGGCUUUCAACAGAACAUGUAACAGGUUAGAUCAUAACUCUCUGAAAUGAAUUUUGAAUGUGUAGCGUUUUCUACUAUUUAGUGUCUUUUUUUAUGUAAUCACUGUUUUUAGCACACGUAUCACGCAUUGUCCAUCUUUUCUCGUGGCCUUCUCGUGGAGACCUAAGUGCCAUUAAAUGUUGUGGGUGUUAAAACGUCAUUGCUUUGACAAUAACAACAAUGUGGAAAAUAAAGGAAAUAUCUGCUGCAAAUGAAA